UAUUUAAAAAUGACUCCCGGUUUGUCUUGUUAAAUACUAUCACGGCAUUGGCUCUUUGACCCGUCACUCAGACCGUGCCGCAUCCAAUCAUUGAGCAGUUCACUCAUAUAAUUUUGGCGGCGGUCGGAAGAUGGCGGAAAAUUUGAAAGGUUGUAGAGUAGCUUGCAUUGCUACUCUAGACCAGCUGGAGGCGCUCUGUCGAGAGGAGGGUGUAUUGUGCCCCGAGCUCGGCAUCAACAGGCAAAAUCUCUCUGAUUAUGAGGUCGAAUACCUUUGUGACUACAAAAGAAAAGUCAUCACAGAUGGGAAGACCCAAACGGUACAGGAGGUAUUCCUGGUCAAAUGGAAAGGCUAUCCUGAAUCUUCAAACACAUGGGAACCACGAAGGAACCUGAAGUGCACAGAUCUGCUCAGUCAUUUCUGGACGGAUCUAAAUGCUGAGAUGCAGAAACAAAACAAGCGUGGCAUCCCACGACGGCUCGAUCCCUCCACCGCAUCCUACCUCACCCAGCGGGCAAAACUUCGCCAGACACUUAAACUGUGGGAGGUCCAUCUUAACAGCCUAGGCACCCACCAGGGCCAUAUCUACGUCACGAAUCAAGUGGAUCUGGAAGGCCCGCCUAAAAACUUCACCUACAUUAAUGACUAUAAAGUUGGCGAUGGGAUUAUGCUGAACGAGGUGUCUGUGGGCUGCGAAUGCACAGACUGCCUAAAUUGCCCCGUUGAGGGCUGCUGUGCUGGAGCGUCUCAGCACAAGUUUGCUUACAAUGAAAUCGGCCAGGUGCGCAUACGGCCAGGGAUGCCCAUUUAUGAAUGCAACAAGCGGUGCCGUUGCGGCCCAGACUGCCCCAACAGGGUGGUGCAGAGGGGCAUUCGGUAUUCCCUUUGCAUUUUUAGGACUGACAAUGGCAGGGGCUGGGGGGUAAAAACCAUGGAACGCAUACGAAAGAACACUUUCGUCAUGGAAUAUGUUGGGGAGAUCAUUACAACAGAGGAGGCAGAACGGAGAGGUACUGUGUAUGAUAAAGAAGGUGCCACCUACCUCUUUGACCUGGACUAUGUGGACGAUGAGUAUACAGUGGAUGCUGCUCACUAUGGAAACAUCUCUCACUUUGUCAAUCACAGCUGUGACCCCAAUCUUCAGGUCUACAAUGUGUUUAUUGAUAACCUUGAUGAACGGCUGCCACGCAUAGCAUUCUUUGCUACACGUGGCAUAAAGGCAGGAGAGGAGCUCACCUUUGACUACAAAAUGACGGUUGAUCCAGUAGAUGCCGAAAGCACAAAGAUGGAUUCUAAUUUCAGUCUGACAGGACUUCCAGGUUCGCCUAAGAAACGUACGCGAAUGGAGUGCAAAUGCGGGGUUGAAACAUGUCGAAAAUACCUUUUUUAAGAGAAAGUUCGUGCUAAAGAGAUCAUGUGUGAAUGUGAUGAAAACAUUUACAGAAUUUAAACUGUUUUAGGAUUUCAAAAUGCCUUAUUGAAUUUUAUGCCUUUGUUUUUAUAUUUCCCCAAGAUCAAACUUGACUUUUCACUCCGAAUCGUCCACUGUAUUGCUCAUUCGGAUUUCCAUUCUAAAACGUUUUAUGACAACUGACUUUUUUAUUCUAUAUUAAUUAUUAAUUUUAGUCAUAAUUAGCCUAAUGAGUAAAUAAGAACACAAAGGGAGCAUUAUUUCAAUUGUACGGCAGCUGUGUUAAAUUUUUUUAAAUAAUCAAAAUGAUCAUAAAUGUUUUAACUGUUUGAAUAGAAGGUUCGGUUCUUUUUAUGCUCUCAAAAACUUGUGUAAUUUUUCAGCCAUGUUUUUACCAAAUAUCUUAAUUAGGUGUCUGACCUAUAAAUAUGAAUAAUUUAAAAUGUCUUUUACUUGCAGCAUUUUGUGUUGCUUGUCAUGAAAUCUCCACAUGGGGGCAAAAUUGUGCUGUUUGUUAGAUAGGUGGACCUAUGAAGUUGGUUCCCCUUAAACAUACGCAAUGUUCUGUUUCGUGUAUAUAUUGUAACUAUCCAUUUGUCAAAAUAUAUUCAUUUUACUGUCAAACUGGUCUUUCAGUAACUGUGUAUAAUGAAUUAAUGUACACUCUCAGAAAUAAAGGUACAUGAAGGUACAAA